UGUAUUUAGAUAGAAAGAGUGUAUAAUAAAUUUUAGUGUCUAAACCCCUUUUUGUUGUAUAUGACCCUGUAUUUAUAAUUGUAUGAUCUCCUUUCAGCUGAAGUCGUACGAUUCAUACCCAUAUUUGACACAAGAUCCGCCCCCAAAAUUAACAACACCGCCAUCAUACUUCUCAAUUUCUCAAGUCAAUUCCCCCCUCUCCACCGGAAAAAAACUCAUCACUCCUCAAAUCACUACACACAUAAUGCUCUAGUACUCAAUCAAACACUCAAACCAAACCAUCCCAAUCAAUUAAAAUGCUCAACACCGUCCAAUCUCCGAUCACCGUCAAAACCACCACCAUCACAAUCUUCUCUCUCCUCCUCCUCUACCACCUCCGCCCCACCACCUCCGCCCCAAUCCUCGGCCUGGACUCCUUCCUAACCCAACAAUUCCAACUCGACCCACACGCAUCCAACGACACCCUCCCUUCCCUCCCAUCCCACCUCAAAUCCACCCUCUCAACCACCGCAACAACCACCACCCUCGACCACCGCAUCACCUCCCUCCUCUCCCUCUCCCUCCCAACCUCCGUCCACAUCAAACUCGUCGGCCCCUCUUUCACCCCCUCCUCCGCCUCCACCCUCUCCUCCUUCCUCUCUUCUUCUCACUCCUCCUCCCCCUUCCACGUCAUCACCCCCUUUGACUCCACUCUCCACCACCUCUCCCUCUCCCACUCCCUCCACCACGACGCCUCUCUCUCCUCCCCUUCUCUCUCCUCCUCUCUCUCCUCCGCAAUCCGCGCUUCUCUCGCCUCAUCUACGUCAUCUCUCCGGUCAUCCCUCUUGUCUGUUUCUUACUCCGUUGUCGAUGAGAUCAUAGCUGCUGACUUCCGCCGCGAGAAGCCCCUUCAUGGGUAUACCGUCUAUCUCAUCAAUCUCGGCGCCCAAUCGAAACCGUAUGCUUAUACGUAUUCGGGCUCAACUGGGUCGGAAUUGUCUUCGCCGAGCUUUACAAAGUGCUUGGGUUCGGUUUGGGUGAGUAAGGAUAGGUACAUUUGGGUUGAUUUGGGUGCUGGCCCGGUGGAUUACGGGCCGGGUCUUUCGGGUGAUGGGGUUCUUCCAAAGGGGGAGUUUCAUCCUCUUGCUGCUUUUCAUGGGAAGGCGAAAUCGGAUAAGGCGGUGUUGGCUGAUUUAGCUUCGUUGGUUUAUAGUGCUUAUCAGAUAUUGCUUGUUCCUUCUUUGAGAAUUCCUGUUCCUUUUGAGAAUAAUCUUGUUGUUCAGUUUAUUCAUGUUGUUGGGAGUGAUGGUAAUGAUCAUAAUAGUUAUGGGUUGGAUUGGAAAUCGAUUGAGAAUGCUUUGUCGGAUAAGGGUUUGUUGCUUGGGGAUCAGUCUUUGAGUUUUAAGAAGUAUGAGAUUAAUUAUAAGGAGUGUGCUUUGUGUUCCUUUGCUGUUUCCAAGUCGAAAAGCUCGUAUACUAGUAGGUUUUUGUUUGAUAACUAUACUUUGAUUGUGAGUGAAUAUGUGGACUCGAAGAAGUUGCAUCAGAUACUGUCUGAUUCGGCUGAUGAGUUUAAGAGGUUGGCGGGUGUUCAUGAGGAGGAUGAUUUUAAGAGGGUUAUCCCGGUGUAUGUUUUCGAUUUGGAUGAUAAUACGUUGCUUUUGCUUGAUCGGUUUCAUCAAUCUGUUGCGUUUAAGGAUAUGGUGAUUGCGAUUAGGACAAGAAAUACUCAGACUGUGAGCGAUUAUAGUUGCAAUGGGCGUCAUGUUUUUACUCAGACUAGAGAGCUUGAGAGGCCGAUUAUUGGAUCAGUCUUGCAGAGUAUGUGGGGUGUGUCUCCAACCCAUUUGAGAUGGAGCCCCAGGCAUAAUACCACUUUGGUUGAUUAUACUUGGAGUGUUGGGCAAACUCCAUUUGGACCGUUCUCGGAGAUUUCUUCUUUGUCGUUUGUGCAGAAGGAUGCUGCUCGAAGGAAUGUUCUUUUGACCACUUUGAAUUAUACUGUUUCGAGUGCCAUAGAAGUCCUUCAAUCUGUUAAGGCACAUGGUGGGUAUCAUAAGCUAUUGAAGGGUAACCAGGUUACUGAAUUCUCACAGAGGUGGUCUCUUUUUAAGUAUAAGCUAGAUAAGAUGAUUACAGCGCUGUCCCAUUUGGAAUUUGAGUUGGCCUCAUAUUACUUGAGAUCAUCGGAACAUGACUUGUAUGCCAUGCACUCAAUCAUCUAUCGUGCAUCACAGGAGUUGGAUGCUUCACUUGUGUGUUUCACAGAUCCACCAGUUCCAUGGGCCUCUAUGUAUAUGUCUGCUGCAACUUUUGUCAUUCUUUGUUUUGUUUAUGCUAAAAGGGACAAGUUCUUCAGGAACAAAACAAAGCAGUUCUAAAGCAUCAAAAGGGGUUGUAAUAUUGAACAGGAUGAGCACUUGUAUUUCUAUAGGAGGCAGGCUACCAGUGAGAUAGAAAGAAAACGAAACUAGCAAAGGAGAAAGAGAGAGAGCAGCCAUGCCUAAGUUGAUUGCUUACCAGAUGAUAUGUUUGUCGAUUCUGUUGAUGUAGGCAGAUUGAUGAUGGGAUGGUGAGAGAGAUAGGAAUUGUGUUGUACAAACUCAUGACUAUGAUUAUAUGAAGAACUUUUGGACCAAAACAUUGCAAUUGGGUAAACCAAUUCAUAUUAACUUCGCAUCUACAUAAACUUUGAAUGUACUUACGAUUACUUAUUAUAAUGGUUUGUAAAAUAUAUCCUUUUCAUGCACAUUCGUUCCAAUAAU